CUUUAUUCUCUGUUUUCUUUUACAGACAGCGAGUCGAGCAUGAGGAGAGGAUCACUGAACAACACGUGUACGGGAUUAUAAUGGCAGCCUCCACCGUUAAAUAGCAUUUGGGAAGAUUAUACAUAACAGUGAAAGGAUGAACGAAGUAAAUAAAGCAAAUGUGAGCUAACAUGGGGAGAGAAUGGUAGAGAUUAUACCUGCUUGGCAUUAUAUUAUUUUUGUAAAUAUGCCAAAAUUAAGAAUUGGAAACAGACAAGAAACCAAAAAAUAGGCAACUAAAAAAAAUCAUCAUAGUUAUAAUAAUUAUAAUGCUGAUAUUAUUUCAGUAUAGAAAUAUGAGGCACCUUUUAGGCAUGUAUAUCACAAAACAGGCAGAACAAGAGAGAUAUUUAAUUGCUCAAAAAAAGCAUAUAUACAUCGUUUAUCUUUUUAUUCUUUUUUUUACUGGGUUUAUAAGGGACAGUGCACAUAAAUAACAACAUUUCAGUAAAUGUGCCAGAGUUAGCCAAGUCAGUUAAUUUAGGUUUUAAUAUUGCACGAACAGAACACACAUAAUUCAAAAUUGAGCUGUGUGGUGCAGCUGUCUCUCGAGGAGGGCGCAGGGAGUCCGGAUGUCGCAGAGGAGAUGUGCCAUGAGUUGUGCGUCGUCUCCACCGCGCCAGCUGGAGAGCAGCCUUCCACCAUCGCCUCGCAGCUGCGUCUUUUUUUAGCCCUCCACGUUUCGCAGCGAGUCCAACGCGCCCGGCUCUGGGCAUCAGACCACCUCGGUGAAUGAGGGCUCGUGUUUGCUGCAGGCCUCUCCGAGCUAACGGACAACAACACGCCGGGAGGAGGAGCAGCCGCAGCGUCAGUGCGCAGCCCCGGUGUUACGUCCUGUGCCAGGCCGCCGGGUGACGCUUGGUUUCCGGGAAAGACGCGCAGCAAUGGACCGGUGAGACUUCCACCGACCACAGCAUGGCGGGCUGACCCAGUGAGGGAGACACGAGAUGAGCAAGAGGAUGUGGCUGGCUACAGUGGAGCACUACAGAGCGGCCAUGUUGCUGAGCGGUGUUGGUGAUGCUCUGGGAUACCGGAACCAGCUGUGGGAGUACAAUGAGUCUGGACCAGCGAUUCAUCAGGAGCUGAGCGAGCUCGGCGGGCUGAAGAACAUCGAGGUCCGGCUCCCCGACUGGCCGGUGAGCGACGACACCGUUCUGCAUCUGGCGACGGCUGAAGGACUGGCCACCGGGAAGUCGGGGGAGGAGCUCCUGCACGAAGUGGCUACUCGAUAUGUGGAGGGGAUGAAGGACAUGGCUGGGAGGAAACCGGGGCCCUCCAGCAUUUCGGGAGUCUCCCAGCUGAAGCCUGGAGAGGAAGGCGGCUACAGAGUGCCCUAUAAUCCAGAGGGGACGGGCUGCGGAGCGGCCAUGAGGUCCAUGUGCAUCGGGCUCAGGUAUCCAAAGCCUGACCAGCUGUUGUCGUUGGUGGCGGUUGCCGUGGAGACGGGCAGGAUGACCCAUCCUCACCCCACCGGUUUCCUGGGAGCCGUAGCAUCGGCCCUCUUCACGGCGUACGCCGUCCAGCGCCGGCCGAUCACGACCUGGGGUCUGGGCCUGUUGAACGAGGCGUGCCCGAUAGCAAAGUGCUUCGUCCAGGGCCGAGGCUUCGCCGUGGAGGAGGCCGAGAGGGACUGGGACUUCUUCUGCGACAAGUGGCAGUGGUACCUGGAUUUGAGGGGCAUCUCCUGUGGCGUGGGCCCCGUGAUCUGGCCCUCCUCCUACGGCCCGGCCGAGCGAGACGACGCCUACAAGAGCUUCAGCCUGGCGGGCUGGGCGGGACGCAGCGGCCACGACGCUCCAAUGAUUGCGCUGGACGCUCUGCUGGGGGCCGGUUCCGACUGGCCGGAGCUGAUGAGCAGAGCGGGCUUCCACGGAGGAGACAGCGACAGCACCGCAGUGAUUGCUUGCUGCUGCUGGGGCCUCCUCUACGGCACCAGAGGGGUUCCUGAAGGAAACUACUCCAACCUUGAGUACCGGGACCGACUGGAGCGCAGCGCCGAGCAACUCUACGCCCUGUCCCACUGAGGGGAGGCGUCCCGGCCUCUUGCACACAGAGGGUCUCCAGUACAUCGAUGGAGAGGGUCGUCACGGAGCCAAACAGCGUGGCGUCCGACUUGCCUGAAGGGGAAGCAGAGUAACGAGGACUCUGCCUCACAAGGCUGGUGUAUAACGCCGGUUUCCCCCUAGUGACCAUUUUAAAUUAACAUGCAGAAUUUAACCACGAGUGGAACAAAUUCCAGCUAAUGAGACUGAAGAGAACCCCCCCCCCCCAGGAGGCAAUUACUUAUUGUCAGCCUGACAAUCACAAAUGUUUAACGAGCUUCAAAUUGAAUGUACCUUGUUAUUGUCUAAUGGAAUAUAAAUGCCGGUGUCUCAUGGUGGCUGUCAUCCAACUGCAAUGUUCCAAAACAAACUGAUACAAUAAAUUAAAACAAAGCUUUGAA